AUGAGGCUUUCUACAGUUCUCAGUGUCCCUCUUCUCUCUGCUGCUGUCCUUGCAGGACCAGUGGCAGAUCCAACCAAGUCCGUCCCGGCCAAAACCCUCGAUCCUGGUAACGGCGGCCUUCCAAAUCCGGUUACUAUUUUCUUUGGGCUCUUCGGGGCACCGCCUUGUUCUUUCGGAUGCAUCGACACCGCCAUUGCAGGAACACCAGCCUGUACCGGCGUCUUGAACGUUGCGUGCUUUUGCAACCCAAACGGAGCUUUUGUGACUUCAGUUACCAAUUGCGCUGCUGGUGUCUGCAGUCCGGCAGAUGCUAGCACACUGACGGGAGCCCUUCAACGAGGGUGCGGUUUUGUCGGUGUUCCCAUUUGA